GCAAGCGACCAGCAUUGAUGUCAACUCCAUUAACAUUUUCCUUUUAUGUCGUUGUUUCUUUCUCUUUCUGUUUGCUUCGAACCACGCCCCGCCGUCGCAACCAUCACCGCCCGCUAAUCCACUCAACCAACAGAAAACUAGGCUUAGAUUUAGUGCCAAGAUUAGGAACCCUAGCGGUUGAUCCGCACAAGAUCGGCAUCGUAUCGCUGCACCAAGUGCACGUCAACAGUGCCGAAAAUGCCAAAGCUGCCUCGAAUCGUGGCACACUGCGCCGAAAGGCUGGCAAAAAAGUGCUCACUCAUCACCUGUACUUUUGUAUGCGCGACUUUGGCCAUCGAAUAGGGGACGACGCCGAGAUUUACUUCUAUUUGUAUGAUGGGAACACCAGCCGGAUGCGGGCGUUGUCGGAACGGUUUCUGGUGCGCAUUGCCAAAGACGGAUUUUCCACGUACGUGGAAACAUCGCACAACUGUACGGUGUUCACCGAUCUGGGCUCGUCCGAUUUGAACCAGGAUCUGUACCUGAUCGCCAAUGUGAUGCGGGUUGGUAAAAUGCUGCACUCGGAGUCGGUGAAAAAGGGGGACAAAUUCGUCAGCAACCACUCCUACCGGCGGCCCUACGGCAUUGGGGUUCUGCCGUUGAGCGAAAUUGGACAGUUCGAUCAUACGGUCGAAUCGGAGGAGAAGGAGUUCAGUUUCAAGAUAUUUCAGUGUGAGGAGAAAGAUUACCACCAGCUGCACGAGUUGAUCAUUAAGAAAGCCAGCGGAAAGUUUCAACCGAUCAAUGCCAGCACUCAGGGUCAUUACGGGUUGGUGGUUUCACUGAAACUGAUCCACGGUGGUUUGGGACAGGCGAAGAUUGAACAACCAAUUCUGUUCCAAGGAACGGCUAUAACAAAAAAGAUUGGUUUCCCUGAUGUCAUCAUGCCGGGUGAUGUGAGAAAUGAUCUUUUUCUAACCCUAGAACGGGGAGAGUUUGAAAGGGUCGGUAUAAGUACGGCUAAGAAUAUUGAGAUCACCACCUUGGUACUGGACGAAAACGGAAGGAUUGUUCAGGAAUGCAUCGCCAUUGCAGCCGGCAAUUCUCUCCAGGCGUACUACAAAUCUAUGGUUUUGUAUCACAACAAUUCUCCGGCGUGGAACGAAACCAUUCGCAUGUUUGUCCCGAUCGAUAAAUUUAGCAAAGCGCAUGUACGGUUCGAGUUUCGAAGUUGCUCGACACGGGACAAAUCGGAUCCAAAGUUGUUCGGGUUUAGUUUUGCUCGUCUAAUGGAUCCGGGAGGGGCCACGAUCGCAGAUGGUUCACAUGAACUGUACGUCUACAAAUGUGAAGAUAUUCUCAAAGUUCAACCAAAUAUUUAUCUUCGAUUACCCUGCUCGGCCAACGAUAAACAUGCUCAUACCCUGGAAGCAAACUCUUCCUACCACCGGAGUUCCAAAGAAGCAUUCUUCGUUAAGACGAUCCUCUGCUCAACUAAGCUAACUCAAAACAGUGAUCUCCUGUCGCUACUUCAAUGGCGCAACCAUCCGGAACGCAUUCAAGACUCACUCCAGCGAGUGCUGAGACUCCACAACGAAGAACUGAUCAAGUUUUUGCAGGAUGUGCUGGAUGCGUUGUUCGCCAUGUUCUCCACGGAUGAUGGAAACAGUACUCCUCACUCUGGACUCGUCUUCCACGUUCUCGUAUCGAUUUUUAGUUUGAUGCAAAGUAGCAAGUUCCAGCAUUUUAAACCCGUCAUGGAUGCCUACAUCAAAGAUCACUUCGCGGCUCCUCUAGUCUAUAAAGGACUACUCUCCUCAGUGCAACACCUAGCCGAUUGGAUGAUGACGGCUGAAAAUCUCGAACCAAUUCUGCAAUGUUUUACUUCACUGGAAUUUAUAUUUAAGUUGAUAAUUCAAAGUCGCAAACUAUUUGCUCAUGCCUCCGGUGGGCAGUACGAGGACAAAUUCAAGCACGACCUGUUUGCUGUAUUCACGUCACUCAACGGAAUGUUGGUUGUCGUCAGCCACCCGCACAUUCUUCCCACCCAGGAGGCUCUGCUCAGCUCGAUCGGUGUAGUAUUCGAGCAACUGCAAACCAUUAUUACCAAAGCCGAAUUGGAGAUGCUAGUCAAAGGUAUGCUGGAUGCGGUCCCGAAGGAAGCUCAACCUCCGCUGAUUCAAGCCAAACUGAAAUCCAUCAAGGACUUGGUCUCCGGUCAGCUGUUCCAAGAUGACGAACUUCGUUCGGUUAUCCUGAACAUCGCUUGCAAACAUCUUCGUGUUCAUCUGGCCAGGCGAGAUGAGUUGCGGUUGUGUUCUGAGAUUUUGGCGGAAGUACUGAUCAAACUACACGACGCCAAAUUGGAAAACGGAGAAAAACCAUCCAACGCUAUCCAUCAUGACUUGGACACGUUGUUUUCGAACAUCUUUCCGAUUUUGAUGCAAACCAUCAACGUACUCGGUAACGGCGGUAACGAUUCGCUAGUCUGCGCCCUUUUCGCAGUGAUGUUAGGGCUCAUGCAACUGCUUGAGGAAUCCCACUACCAGCGGAUGUGGGACCGGCUCAGUUCGGUUGGGAACAACAAAGAGUUGAAGGAGUUCAUCCAGCAGAGCCUCAGCAUCUUCAAGGACAUUCUGGAACAGGAUUGGAUGAUUUUCUCCAAGGACUGGCUGGUGAUGAAGAUGUCAUCCAACGAGGUACUGCGGAAGACGCUAGAGGAACUGGCCAAACCGCUGGUAUACCGUUUUCUCGGGCCACAAUCCUUCGACUCGCAGCUCUGGUGGUCGUAUUUUAGCGUAGCGGUAAUUUUUCUCACCCAACCUUCGCUGCAGAUCGAACAGUACCACGAGACGAAACGGCGCAAGAUUCUCAGCACCCACGGCGACAUGCGGGUCGCGAUGGGUUUUCAAAUACUGAGCAUGUGGUCUCAGCUCGGCGAGCACAAGUUGCAUUUCAUCCCGUCAAUGGUGGGACCGUUCCUGGAGGUUACCCUUGUCCCGGAACCGGCCCUGCGGAAGGCAACGUUCACCGUGUUCUACGAUAUGAUGCAGUGCGAGCAGGUAUCCCGCGGCUCGUUUCGACUGGUGGAAAGUGAAUUGAUCGACAAGCUGGAUUUGCUGAUCAGCGAGAACAAAGGCGACGACGAGUAUCGUGAACUGUUUAGCACAAUGGAACAAUUAUGUCUCGCCCUGCUGGAACGCGUCCAGGCCGAGAAUCCUUCCUGGCGUGAGUCCGGGACAGCUUUCAUAUCGUCCGUUACCCGACUGCUGGAACGACUGUUGGACUAUCGCAGUGUGAUGCAAGGUGAUGAGAACCGCGACAAACGGAUGACUUGCACCGUUAAUUUGUUGAAUUUCUACAACGAUGAGAUCAACCGGAAGGAGAUGUAUGUGAGGUACAUUUACAAAUUACUGGAUCUUCAUUUGGGCGCAGAAAACUACAUCGAGGCUGGAUUGACUUUGAAGCUCUAUGCCGAUAUGCUUUCCUGGGACAGUGAGAACAUUUCGGACGAAGCCAACGGUCCGAUGGAAUGGGAACAGAAGGAAAAGAUUUACAAAAAUAUCAUCAACUAUUUCGACAAGGGGAAGUGCUGGGAGAAAGGGAUUCCGCUCUGUAAGGAGUUGGCCAUGUUCUACGAGCGAAAACGAUUUGACUACAACCGACUCAGCGAUGUGCUGAUUCAGGAGGCAAAAUUUUUCCAAAACAUUCUGACACAGUUGCGACCGGAGCCGGAAUACUUUCGCGUCGGGUACUACGGAACUGGAUUUCCUUCGUUUGUCAGGAACAAACAGUUUAUUUAUCGUGGGCUGGAAUACGAACGAAUUGGAGCCUUCAUCCAAAGACUACAAAUCGAGUUUCCAGCUGCUCAAAUUUUGGACAAGAAGCACUACCCACCGGAUAGUUCCAUUCUCAACUCGCCGGAGCAACGGUUCCACGUUGUUAACGUUCGUCCCAUUUCCGAUCCCAGUCAUUUGAAAAGUGCCAAAGUAACCGUUCCGGAGAAGAUCUCCAAGUAUUACGAGGUCAACGACGUUACCAAGUUCCAGUACGAUCGUCCCGUCCACAAGGGCAUCGUCGACAAGGAAAACGAGUUCAAAUCACUCUGGAUUGAACGAACAAUCUACGACACUGCGCAGCCUCUGCCGGGUAUCCUGCGCUGGUUCGAAGUAACGAAUGCAUCCAUCCACGAACUGACACCGGUGGAAUUUGCCUGUGAAACCGUGGCCAACGUGAACAAAGAACUGUCCGACCUGAUCGUACAGUAUCGGUUGGAACCGAAACGUAAUCUGAACCCGUUCACCAUGCGCCUGCAGGGCUCGGUAGAUGCCAACGUGAACGGUGGCUUCAACAAGUACCAGGACGCGUUCUUCACCGAACGGUUUACGAAAUCACCCGAGGGACGCGAUCAAAGCUUGUACGUGCAACGGUUGAAGAGGCUGAUCUUCGAACAGAUGCAAAUUUUGCGCCAAGCGCUGGAAUUGCACAGAAGCUUGGCAUCCGAUGAGGUUCUUCCGCUGCACAAUCGUCUAUCAGAGGCUUUCCUAGAGCUGGAGAAGAGUACCGCCGAAUGGAAGACGAACAUUAACAUUCCAACGAAACCACUUCCACCGCUUCCGAUCGCUAACGUCCAUUCGAUGCCGGCGACGGCUGGCAUGACGACAUCAGGGAAUUCUCAGAAUUAUUUUUUCGAGGAUCACGACGAGACGUACACUUAUCUUAGUCGGAAGACACUAUCCUUAUCGGGGAUAGUUCCGAUGACGGCUAUGACGUCGUCUCCUAUUCCGGCUCCUCAGGUACCCCCUAGGGAUUCACUCACCUCAUCUCCCUCGGCACCACCACUUCCUCCACGUGGUCACACCCCGGAUAAACGAAGCUCCAACCCAAUGCCAUUCACCGAGUUUGUUGAACAACAGCAAUUGCAGCAGGGAUCCGUCCCCGCGCGACCACGUUCAAAAAAGUACUCCCUGUAUGAAAUUUCACUCAGCGAAAGCAUGAACCACAGUUACGGCAGUCCGAGAAGUUCCAGCGAACUGAAAGGCCACUACGACAUUGGCACUUUCAACCGGGACUCUGGGAUCUCAACGAGUUCACAAGAACUGAACAACCUCAACAACGGCUCCCAGCAAGUCCAAACUCCCAAUCACCUUCAUCACUACCAUCAACCGAUGCCGGUCACGGCCGUACCAGUGGAA